UGUGACAACCUGUUGACAUAUCAAGUAAAGAAAGGAAAUGUGAAAUACGUGAAAUACGCAUUUCUUUGCAAUAAAAAUCUUCAGAGUAUUUGAUAAAUUUCCUGUGUGCCAAUUCUGUGAUUAAUCUCUUGCGCAAGUGCUUGACGAAGGGAAUGGUAGUGGCGUUCCAUGCGGAAAAAUGGAUGUGGAUGCUCCAGUGUGUGCGGGAUCUGUGAUAAUUCAGGCACAGUCCAAGAAUCGCAUCUCAAAGAAGAAAUCAUCUAAUCACAAGUAUUGUCUACUCUUCAAAGCCAGCCGCAAUGGGAUUGAACGAUUGGAGAUUGCUGAUUCUGAGACUGAUAAAAACCCGCGGAUUGUUACACUGGAGAAUUGCGUGAAGAUCACGUCGGAAGCACCGCCGGCCAAUUUAAUUCACAUUGUUACAAAAACCGAGAAUGUGACAGUGGGUACGCAUGGAGAGGAAGAACUGAAGAAGUGGCUAUCUGCCCUGCAGACGGUGGCAUUCAAGGAAAAAUCAACCUGCAGCCUUAAUCGUGGUUCUGCCAUUGAGGAAGACAACGAUCUAUAUUGUUCCUCGUACAGCGAUGGUGUCUUCACGGUUAAACUCAUCCCGUCAGAUGCAUCAAUUCGCUGCAAUCUCGCCAUGAAACCCUAUCGUUUGGUCAUGACUACAGUUGAGCUACAGCUGCGCUCCUUUGAGGAUGAAACGGUGAUUGUUGCAAAGUGGCCGUAUCGUUUCAUCCGGAAGUACGGCUAUCGCGAUGGGAAUUUCAUGUUUGAAGCCGGAAGGAGUUGUGAAACAGGUGAAGGUAUCUUUCGCUUGGAUCACCCCAAACCACAGGAGAUCUUUCGGUGCAUGUCCAGCAAAAUGAAGUGCAUGAAGAAGCUGAUUAAUGGGGAGAGUGUAUCGAGUUUGGAUUGUGGUGAGAGUCAAUUGAGUGCCGUAUUAUCCAUGGAAGCGGGUUCCCGUAGUCCACUACCACCAUCACCCAAUCAGGUGUCUUCCCAAGAUACGGAUACAUCACCCCUUCAUCAGAGCUUUGCAUCAAUUCGUGGCUUCAUCUCGUCCAAUGAUUCCCUGAAUAACGUCUCCACAAGCAGUUCCAUAUCAGUUCUCAAACACAUUCCACAUAAACCCCCACGAAAGGGGCUAACUAUUUCCCUACCGGGAGCCCAUGAAGAACCGUCCAAGGAUAAAUUGAGGAAUUUACCAAAUUAUGAACCAAUUGCACUACCCCUUCAUGAAAAACCCGCACUCGAAGCUGCCAAUGCGGAUGCCAAGCCACCACAGGCACCAGAACGUGACUACGAGAGUAUAGAGACAAUUACCGAUGCUUGGCGUACUCUUGGUAUUGAUGAAGUGAAGCAUACCGAACAGAUUCAUACACCUGAGGAGGAUUUAAUUGAAUUUGUCAAAACAACUGCUAAAGUUACACGACCCGCAUUGACGCUUGCUCUUACGGAUGUGCACAGUCCAGAGGCAGAUUGCACUGAAGGUGACUACGAUCGCUUGGAGUUCUUCCGUAGUAAUAGUAAAGCAUCAGCAACCUACAAGACCGUUAUCCCAAUUAAAUCACCCACACCUCCUGCUGCAAAACCCCGCAGUGACGACUAUGAAAUUGUCGGAGAUCCAGACACCCAAGCGUGUCGUCUAGCUGAUGACAGCUACAUGGGGUAUGGGGUACUACGGAAGCCACAGCAGCAGCAGCAGCUACAACUCGAGGCCCCGGAAUUGGAUCACCACAAGUACAAUGGGCUGGACUAUGCGAUCGUGAGCAAGCCCAAAAGGGUGUGACCUUCCCCACCAAAGAAUAUGCCUCGCCAUACAUUUUCUCGGGAACCGUCCCUUAAUGUGUGCCUUUGUUUCCCUUACAAUGUGGGGACCAUCACGUGUUGCCAUACUCUCUCCAUAUCGGAUGAAACGACAUUUAAUACAAUACAACGAGCAAUCUCGAUCGGAGGAUGACUAUGGAUUAAGUAUUUGUCGUCCUGUACUUAAUCUUUAAGAUGUAUCUUUUUUUUGUAAAUAUAUAAAUCAAGAUAUUUUAAUAAAAACUUUUAAAUAUGAA